CCGGCCGCCACUCGGCGCCCGCCAUGGCGGGGCUGGGAGCGGGGCUGGGCGGCGCGGCGGAGCCGCGGCCGCUGCUGGUGAAAAUCGUGAUGGCCGGAGAGUCCUGCGUGGGAAAGACCUCCAUCGUGCGCAGGUACACGGAGCCCGCCGGCUCUCCCGCCACCUCCUACAUGGCCACGAUCGGCAUUGAUUUUAAAGUAAAGCCAGUAAUGUUUAAUGAUACAAGAGUGAAGCUUCAAAUAUGGGAUACUGCUGGCCAGGAACGAUUCCAUACACUUAGUACCAGCUAUUUCCGUGGUGCACAAGGCUUUGUUCUCGUAUAUGACAUCACAAAUCUGAAGAGUUUUCAAAGUAUAACAGUCUGGAUGAACGACAUAUAUGAGAAAGCAGGUGAUGAAGUGGACGUAAUACUGUUGGGCAACAAGUGUGAUAAGGAGUCAGAACGGGUAGUUCCAAAACAGAAAGGAGAAAAGCUUGCUUGGGAAUAUGGAAUGCCAUUUUUUGAGACCAGUGCUAAAGAAAAUGUAAAUAUUGAGCACGCAUUCUCAGUCUUGACUAAGGAAAUCCUGGAAAAGAAAUCCUGUGUAUUACAUGACUUAGACGUUGUGUCUCUAAAUGAAACUAAGAAGAGAACCUGCUGUGCAUUCUGAUAGACUGUUUCUUACUCCAUUUUCUCUUCAGGAAAUACCAAGUGUUGCAAAGGAACAGACAAGAUUUUAAAAGUGAGCCUGUAAUCCAAAAACACAGUGUUUAGGCAUCCUUGGCAUUAUACAGACUUUGUUGCCAAAUUCUUUUAUAUGUUUAUAUUAUAUUUUCAUAUUUUUAAUGUGAAGAUAAAACAGUUAUCUGAUUUUGGAAUUAUUAGAUGCAUCACAGGGUGAAAGUGUUUGAAUGCAAAUGUUUGCAGGAAGGAAGUCUUAAGUGUACUAAUUUUCUGUUAUUAAAAAAAACACCCUUCA